AUGAGCUCCGAAAACGCCGAUCAUAUAAAGGAAAGUGUGAAAGACUACUAUGGCAAAACGCUUCAGACUUCAGAUGAUCUUCAGACAAAUGCCUGCAAAAUCGAAGCCAAGAAAAUGUCUUCCGCCGUGAAGGAUGCACUGAAACUCAUCCACGAGGAGGUAUCUAGCAAGUAAGGGCCUGUAUAUGUUUCUGAUUGGUUAAUCUUUCUUACUCGAUACAGUGCGGAGGAAAUUCGUGUGAGCAAGCCAAACAAACUUCUCGUUAGUAGAGAGGUUAAGCUUCAUCUCUACGUCAAAUGGCAAAGGCGAAUUUGUACCACGUGACCCAGUUUCCACUUUACUUGUCGUUUACUGUUUAUUAUUUCUACACAUAAAUUAGUAGUUUCACCCAAUUUUUUAUCCAUAAGAAUUUUUCUGAAUCGUUUUUAUCUGGUCAUUUUCUAUUUUGAGAAAUUUUCAAUUUAAAUCUGAUGUUUGCCGUUUGCGGUACACGUGAAGCUUAAACUCUCUAAUAAUGCGUAGAGUGGAUUAUUAUACGCUCUAGUUAGAUCUGAUCGCGCAGUUGCUGAUUCUGCCCAUCAAAUCUGAAACCCAGCGUUUAAAGUUAAAUGUUAUUGAUGUCUAACCUUAGAUCCGGCUCACGAUAUCCCUAUUACCUUUGUUUGCCUACACUGUUUUCUUUUCCCUUGAAUCAAUAUCGAAAAUGAGAACAAAGUUCAACACAGAACUGAUCUAGUAAAUAUGCUUAAUUUAUUCGAAAACAUAUCAGAUAUACUAUACAUAACUUCUACACAAUAUAUACGCACCACACGAAAAAUACAAAACUGUUUUCUCUCUAGUCAACGCCACAACUAAACACAUAAAGCAAUUACAUCAAAUUCUAUCUUUCCUUCCUUCUUUCUUUUGUUCUGUUAUAAUGUUAUGCCUGUGGACUGUUUAUAUUACUGUUUCAGCUCGUCGUUAAAGGGACAGGCUCACGGCUAGGCGCACGCUCAUUAAUUAAAUUACUUUUUUUCCCAUCUUAUUACUAACUCUAUCGGUUAAUAAUCCCACCCAAAUGUAUCUCCGCGAUCUCAAGAGUGUAUUUCAAAGUAGAAGUGUAUUUCAGAGUAACCUGAAGUAGGAUGGAGGAGUACUAAAAUAGCAGAAAAAAUUAGUGUAUUAUGCAAACACUACCAACGUUGAAUUUAUUGGUGGCCCGAAGGUUUUAUUCCAUGGUUGAUUAAUUUACAGCUAUUUGCAAAUAUUUAAGUUGAUCAAGUGCAAGUGACUGCCAGGGGAGUGUGCUGAUUGGUUCUUUGACAACAUUAUGACAUGAUCAUGUGGCUCGCAUAGACGAUACAGCGUGUCUCGACAGAAAAACAGCAUUUUGAUAAAUGAGCAUGCGCUGAACCGUGAACCUGUCCCUUUAAUUGAGGGUCUCAAUCUGUUGGUGGCUUUUACGGUUAUCGCCUAAAGUUUUGACUCUCUUACGGCUAUCGGUUAAUUUUUUUCAGUUACGGUUUACAAAAAAGUUAAAAGUUAAUUUCUUUUGUUUCAAGGAGUUAACUAUUAUUAAACCUGUAUUUUUUGUAAAAAAAAAAAAACGUUCGAGGAUUCAAAACAAGGCUGACAAGUAACCUGCGGCAUACAUCGUUAUAUUUACUUGCACGAGUCAUGUUCUAAUAUGCCCGUUAAAUUGACUUAAAAUCCUUCAAUGUAAAGCCGCUCGCUUUCACCAUCUGAGUCAAGCAGCAGGGGUAGUUCCAGAUCUAGCAUGCCAGCUGGACUGUCAUAAUACCCCUUCCUUUUUCCCUUUCUCCCAAUCCCCUACCCCUUUUUCGCGGGCUAGACCCUGGCUGUCAUGUUCUCCACCAAGAUCUUCAUCAUCUUACACUAUGGUCGAAGACUUACCUCUAGUGUUAUCAUUUAGGGAUAGCUCGCAAGAGAAUUCAGUCCUUUCAACUUUAACUAUACUUUGGAUCAUAGGUAUAAAGUUAUCUCAAGAGUCUCCUCUGCAACUUACCUGCAUGGGAUAUAUCUAUUGUCGACGAUUUGUCCUGGAAUGAACAUUAUGACACUAAUUGUAAGAAGGCGAAUUCAACUCUUGGGCCUAGGCCAAACGUUAAACUUUUCAUGAGACGAACGAAACUUAUAAUUUCAUGAAAAGUUCGCCUCAGUUAAGUUCAUCUGAAUGGGUUUGGAUCGUCCAACACCUUCUAUCGGUCUGCUUCAGGCGAAUAAAACGUCUGAAGAUUGUCUCCGGAACAAACGUCGAUCUUCACAUGCGACUAACUAAACUAAUAAAUUAACGUAUAUUUAGCCUUAUUCGGGAGAAAAUUUAUUACUCCUAAGUUCACCGUCUGACCCAACAGACGAUGUUAACUUAAUUUAGGUUGACCCAAAUUAGAGUUUGGUUCGUCUCAUGAAAAGUUCCACGUUUGGUCUAGGCCUUGAUCUUCUUAGACGAAUCAUAUCUGGUUCGUUGUACUCCGGAGAUCAAGAACACAGCUUAUGUUACUCUUGUACGCCCCAAUUAAACUAGAGUAUGCCUGUACUGUAUGGAACCCUUAUGCACAGUGUAACAUCAAUAAGAUAGAGAUGGUCCGGCGCGGAGCGGCCAGAUUUGUCUAUAACGAUUAUUCCCGUUUCAUCCACGUCUCUCCAAUGACUAAAGCACUGGGAUGGGACUCUUUGGAGAAUCGUAGAUUGAUCAACCGAGUGUUCAUGUUUUUCAAGAUUUAUAAAGGGCUUGUUGGUAUUUCCCUACUACCUGAUGUAUCUGGCAAUACAACUAGAGCUUCAUUAUCCCCUAAUUGUGCACUAUGAUUUCACCAUUUUCCCACACUUAAAGAUACUUAUUAUUCAUUCAAAAUAUUUCCCCGAUUCUGAUUGGCUAAAAGCACACGCAUAAUUUACCAUAACCAGUUUCUGAUGACCAAAUUUGGAAGAAUUUUGUGUUUAACGAGAAAAUGACGUCAAAAAUGCAGCGUUACUGCAGGUUAAGGCACCGUUAACCGAGAAGACCUGGGGACGACGUUGAGUUGUUUUGGUUGUGAACUUGAAAAAUGGCGGACAUUUCACUCGUUUCAAGAGUAAGAACUAGGCGAAAAAAUAACUAAAAACACGGCAAGAACAGCAAGAAGACAACUCGAAGGGCGACAUCUGCUAUUUGGAGAAUAUUUGCGGAGCUGGACAACCCUAAACGUGCACUAUCGAAGAUAAACUUAACAACGAUGGAUCGAUGGAGGUAAGCAUGUUUUAGCCAUGUUUUUAAACUAGGAAUUAUUUCGACUGAAUAAUAAAACAAUCAUUGAAUUCGGCUUUCGUAUCAUAUGAAGAAUUAUGGAGAUCUCGGAGGGUGUUAUCCGCCUCGAUAACACCCUCCUCGAUCUCCAUAAUUCUUCACAAGAUACUCAGCCUCAUUCAUUAAUUGUUAACUAUUAAGUGUACCCUUACCUAUAAUUUCUGACUUAAUAGAUGAACUUAAAGCCAUUAUCUCUGGCAUGAAGGAUACUAUUUUAGAUUGUGUUUUUAUAUUGCUUUUUAAAAUUUAUUCAUAUUCAUUUUAUAAGGCCACUUUAUUGCUAGUUCAUACAUACUUCAGCGAGUUCAAAACGCAGCAGCCCGGCUUAUAACUGGAACAGCAAAGUUUUCUCACAUAACUCCGGUGCUCCAUUCCCUUCACUGGCUUCCCAUAAAACAGAGAGUACAAUUUAAAAUGUUAAUUUUAAUUUUUAAAGCUAUUAAUGGCCUAGCUCCUAAUUAUAUUAGUAAUUUAGUUAACAUUUUAUGCGCUAGCAAAUAUUUGCUUCGUCGAAACAAUGAGAUACUAUUGGAACCAUACAAUGGUAAAACCAAGAAAACGCUAGGUGACAGGGCGUUUGCCGUGGCGGCCUCCAGCCUUUUUAAUUCACUCCCUCGUGAAAUCAGACACGAGACAUGUUUUAACACUUUCAAAACUAAGGUUAAGACUUUUUUGUUUCGUAUGGCUUUCUGUUAAUUUUAUCUAAUUUAGUUGCUCAUUAUCUUAUUUUUAAUAUGAUGUAAUUUAGUUUUUUAUGAUGUAUUUUUAGUUUUUAUAUGAUGUAUAUAGUUUUCUUUUGCUUUUGUUUAUAGUUUUUAGGUAUCUUAGAUGUAGCGCGCAUUUGAUCAUAUUCGAAUGUUAAUUUGCGCGCUAUAAGCAAUAAAUAUUAAUAAAUUACAGUCAAACCAGGUCAAGCGUACCCCCCAAGAAUCCAUUAAUGAAUUUAUUAUUCAAAAGUUGAAUCCGUUGCUAGUUGUAGAUUUCAGAUUGAUCUCUGCAUUCUUGUAUGUGUAAUGAGCCGUGAAUUCACACGCGAGGCAUUUAUGAAAUUUCUACCAGCUCCAUUUUCCUGAAAUUGAUGUAAAUGUCUUCUAAGAAGCUUAAUCCAUUCAAAGAUUUCCAAUCUGACCAAAUACAGAGAAGUUCUCGUAAAAUAUUCACUGCUCAUUACGCAUGCAGAAAUGCCGCUUUGAAUUUGACACCAGUUACGGGAACGACUAACGGAUUCAUUUUUCAAAUAAUCAAUUCACUGAUAGAAUCUUGGGGGGUACGCUUGACUUGGUUUGACUGUAAUAUGUAUGUAUGUAUGUAUGUAUGUUCAUUUAUUUACUUACUUAUUUAUUUAAUUUUUGCUUUUAAACUCCUAGUAUAAUUAUCACUGUUUUACGAGGAUACUUAUUAAAGAUUAAAGGGAACAAAAUUUUUUUACGGUUAACUUACGGCUAACGGUUAAAACUAAGGUAGUCAUUGAUUACCGAUCCGCGUUCGUCACUUACGGAAACCGACAUCGAGUCGAGAGGAGUCCAGUUUUUCCUGCCGAGAUGCCCCUGAUAAAAUCAGUGGGGGCGGCUAAUCGGCAGUCGUCCGCGAUACCUCGAAAAUUUGUGGCUUUGUUCCACAGGAACACCAAGAUUAGGAUGCGUUCGGACGAACGCGAUAAAUUAAAUUUUACGGCUGCCGACCGGCUAAUUUUUGGCUGUUUUACGCCUAUCGGUUAAUCCCAUUGAGACCCUCUUAGUUUUCAUCAAUUUGUUAGGGAACCUAAGCACGCACAACGGUAUCGGCGACAAGAAAGUUGAGAAGCGACAACUUGGCACGUUCGUCACACUUUUUGUACAUUCCUUUGCCAUUACUGCACCAGUACGUUUUAUGGGGGACAUAAAAGCACCAUGGGCACGAAUUUUUUUCUAUCGGCUUCGUACCUUGACGUGCCACUAUGAAUUCAUCUCUAAGAGAUUAAGAAAGUUGGGAAAUUCAAAAAAACGAACUAAUGCGAAUUCCCUUUUAAAUGACGUUUUCGUUGCCGUCGCGGUCUUGUUGCUUGAGCUCCCUUAACUUGGUAGUCAAGGCGGCUAUUGUGCAUGGGUAAACCAUUGUAUGUAGGCAGCAAUCACGUUCUUAGAGGCUGCGAUCCUUUAGUCCAGCACUAGAGAUCACUCCACUGAAUAAUUGUAACGCAGGCUCUGGAAGCGAGGUUUGGAAAGGCCAGAAUUGGUGAGCAACUACAGCAAGCACAACCAUUCCGCUAGAUAAGGGUAACGAAGGCUCUGGGGACGAGAUUGUCGAGGCAGAUAUCUGCAAUGACGUAAUGACCUGUACACCAAUCAAAACUUCAGAGGAAAUAAUUUGAAUGAUAAUAGUAUUUGGAAGUUUUCUUCAAUCUUAAGAGAACUUUGCUCGUUACAAGAACUAAAUGAACUGUAAUGUACGUAUCUCUAGCUAUGUUGUGUUUCUCAAUAACAGGUCAGUAUUAAAAAAGAAUCUUUAGCUUAGCUCAGAGGCUUUUUAUGAGUCCCGGCCCUAAGCGGCACAAACCCACACAUACUUACCUAAAUAUCCUCCGGCGUUAAAAUUCAUGACGCAAAAACUACAAAUUAAAAAUAUAAAAUGUACAGGGAAAUCUUAACCUUGCUGUCUUCGGUCAUAGGUGAACUUUAGUUUGAUGUCAAUUUCAGGUUUUUCGGAUGUGGUUUAGUAGCCCCAGAGGCGAUUGAGGGCAAGACAAUUCUGGACCUUGGAAGUGGAUCGGGACAGGACUGUUUUGUUCUCAGUAAGCUUGUUGGUGAAAAUGGUCAUGUGACUGGAGUAGAUAUGACGAAGGAACAGGUCGGUGGUUAAAUGAAAAUAUAUGUUUUUCCUUUUUACACAACAUUACAUUGUUGGUGCGAAUUUUCCUGUACUGUGUUCUUGUCCAUAUAUAUAAGCUUUUUGGUUCGAUUUCAAAGCGAUUUAUUCUGUUUAUCGCCGCGAAUCGAGCCAGCUCGAAUUUUGAUGUGACUUAUCGGGAAUUUUCUCCUCACGUUAAAAAAAUCCCCUCCUUGGUAGAUAAGUAUAUUUGCGGCAAAUGCCUCUUACAGUAAGCACUGCAUAAAUAAUUUUAAAAAUACAAAGAAGUAAUCGACACAAAUUUGCAGCAAAAAUAGCAUAUAAAAGAAGAUAAAAAUAAGAAAGUUAUAUGAUAAAAUAAUCCCUGAACUUUGAAAGCUGGCAAUAUGGUUUAAAGAGCAAUAGUGAUCCCUUGCCCCGUACCUACUGUGGUCUUCAUGGACGGGACAUCGACUUCUGUUUUUAUUUGUGACGUCUCUUUUUUUUUUUUACUAUUCGCGGCUUCUUUUUUUUCGUUCGCAAAUUUUUUUAUUCGCGAUUUAAAAAAGAAGUUGCAAAUAAAAAAAGUAAGUCGCGAAAGAAAUAAGUAAGACGCAAAGGAAGAAAAAGUCGCUUGAAUGAAAAGAGAAAGAAGUCACGAUUUGGAUAAAAGAGAGGUCACGAAUGAAAAAUGAAUUCGUGAGUAACAUCUGAAGUCGCUAAAGUUAAAACGAAGUGGUCAAUAAAGAAAAAAAAGAGUCGUGAAUUAAAAAAAAGAUGUCGCGAAUAAAAAUAGAAGUCGAUGUCCCUUCUCGGCUACCUGACCGUACUUACUAGACGUCUCAAAUAAACGAUAAAUUUUUAAAAGAAAUUCCCUACGAAAAGUAACUAUUACAUGAAUGUUGUUUAUUGAUCUAACUUCAUUUUCUUAACGUGCUAAAGGUGGAUGUUGCUAACAAAUAUGUAGAAUACCACACAGAAAAAUUUGGAUAUUCAAAGCCUAACACUGACUUCAAACUUGGGGAAAUGGAACGUCUGUCUGAUAUAGGCAUACAGGAGAAUUCUAUUGAUAUUAUCAUGUAAGUUUGUUUUACAUCAAUGGAAUGUUUAUGAACUGUUUCAUGAAUUGUUAAACUAGUCUUUAACAGGUCGGCUUACUCCUUUACUUCGUUGGGGGUGCGUAUUGCGUAACAAAGACUUGUGCUCACUACAUGAAUAAUUCAAAAUAGACCAUAAUUGUGUGCUAAGUGCCCUGGCCUUUGAAUAGAAGCGAGGCCGGAGGUUACCUUGUUUUAUUACAAACCUUCCCGAAAAUUUCGCGCGUGGGUUAGGGUUAUGAAACAGAGAAUUUUAAACUCUUAAGUAUACCGUAAAUUGACUUUGUCACUUUCACAUUGCCCAUAAUACACCUUUUUAACGCCCCACAAGAUAGCAUAAGCGUUGUCUUCGAUUUCUCUUCGGACAACUGUAAUACGCAGCAGUCAAUGACUAAGUCAAAAAAUGACAACACUAACUUUCUGCGGGGAAAUCGAACCGUCUGCCUUCCAGUAACUUCUCGNACAUGAAUGUUGUUUAUUGAUCUAACUUCAUUUUCUUAACGUGCUAAAGGUGGAUGUUGCUAACAAAUAUGUAGAAUACCACACAGAAAAAUUUGGAUAUUCAAAGCCUAACACUGACUUCAAACUUGGGGAAAUGGAACGUCUGUCUGAUAUAGGCAUACAGGAGAAUUCUAUUGAUAUUAUCAUGUAAGUUUGUUUUACAUCAAUGGAAUGUUUAUGAACUGUUUCAUGAAUUGUUAAACUAGUCUUUAACAGGUCGGCUUACUCCUUUACUUCGUUGGGGGUGCGUAUUGCGUAACAAAGACUUGUGCUCACUACAUGAAUAAUUCAAAAUAGACCAUAAUUGUGUGCUAAGUGCCCUGGCCUUUGAAUAGAAGCGAGGCCGGAGGUUACCUUGUUUUAUUACAAACCUUCCCGAAAAUUUCGCGCGUGGGUUAGGGUUAUGAAACAGAGAAUUUUAAACUCUUAAGUAUACCGUAAAUUGACUUUGUCACUUUCACAUUGCCCAUAAUACACCUUUUUAACGCCCCACAAGAUUGCAUAAGCGUUGUCUUCGAUUUCUCUUGGGACAACUGUAAUACCCAGGAGAAAAUGAAAAAUGUAAAAAAUGAAAAAAUGUAAUUUUUUCGGUGGAAUCGAACCCAUUACCUCCGGAUAAGUUCUACUUUUGUCUUCCCCACUGAGUUACGAGGCCAGAAAGAAGCGAAUCGUGCGGGUCUAGUAAGUUGGUAAAUCACGGCGCAGAUUAAACUUUAUAUUUAGCAAGGAAAGCACAGAAAACUGGUCUUUGUACUCCUUGCAGAUACCGAUUGGCGCGCCCUUCGCAAAGAAAAACGCGUAACAACGCACAUUGAGAUCUUUUUACUUUUGCCUUUUUUAGUUCAAAUUGUGUUGUUAACUUGACUGCAGACAAAAAAGUUGUCCUCAAGGAAGCUCACAAGGUUCUUAAGGUAAAAUUAAGUCGCUUUUAUAAAGAAUCCGUUAAAAACCCUCCCAGAUCGUGCUUUAUCAAGCCUAUUGGAGACACAGUUUUCACCAGUAUGCAUUGCAACCAGACUAACCUCUGACUCUGAUUUUGCGGUUUGUCCUAGAAUGGCGGUGAGGUUUAUUUCAGUGAUAUGUACACAGAUACAAAGCUUCCUGAAGCGCUAAAAGAAGACAAAGUAUUGUGGGGUAAAGUUUCAUUUUAUACUAGAAAAUCCUUGAAAUAACUGGGUACAAUCCAUUUGGUCUUUUACAGGCUAAAAAAAACUAUUUAUAUGUGAUCUGGUUUAAAACGAUACCUAAGCUAAUUCAUUUAACAAAAUAAUUCAUGGAAUAUUUCUAUAGUGUUCAAAAUUAUACGAGCAGCUAGUUUUUACGUGCAAAAAACCCCCAUCAAAGGCUUCUUUACUAAAGGGUGUGCAAACAGAACUUGAAUACUUGAACCAUAACUGGAUAUAGUUUCUUUAGGAGAAAAGUAUGAUCAAAGAUAUCGAUCGAACACCUUAACGUGGCUCGAUGGGUUUUUCUUGGUCAGUACCUCCCAAGUUCGAGCAUACCGUAGUAAACUACGUCGCCAUUGAUCAAGAUUUGGAAAAGUUACCACCACAGCUUUAUUAGAUAAAGAUGAAAAUUUGUUGUGUUCAGGGUUACAAUAGCAAUACAAUAAGAUAGUUUGUUUUGCCUUGUGUAGGUGAGGGUCUUGCAGGAGCCUUACACUGGAAGGAGCUGAUUGAACUGUGUAAAGAAGUGGGCUUCAGUGGACCUUACUUGGUUACAUCCAGGCCUAUUGAAGCUGAACCGGAACUGAGGAAAUCUUUGGGUAGGUUUAUUAGGGGUCGGGUUCCAAAGUAG